CGAUUUAAUGUUAGCCAGUGUGACUACUGGCUACUGACAGGUCAACAGUUGGGUGGAGCGUUUCAGCGUAGCUGGAAACAGUCAUCGUCAUACUUCGAAUGUAUGUCGACGAAUAUUUCUUCCCAGUGAUUAUAAAGUGUGAGUGUGUCUACUAAAUUGAAAAAGUGUAACAUAACACAAAAAGUGAUUCAAAAAUGGCUGAGGAGACCACUGCAUCCACCCUCUUGACGAGAUUGAAGGGAUAUCUUAAAGAAGCACCCUUUUUCUGCAAAAUUAUCGAACUGAUUUUCUGCGUUAUUGCGACAGGAUUGGUGGCAGGACCAUUUCAACAAAAUCAAAUACGGCCGGCUGAUAUACACCAUAUAGCGAUAUUUCAUGUGGCAGUAUGCGGUUAUGUUCUUAUAAAUGCAAUUCUUAUCAUGAGUCAUUUAUUAGGCGAACGAUUGCCGAAAAAAACAGCUCUCAUUUUUACGACAAUGGGAGCGAUUCUGUGUUGCACCGCUGGCCUCAUUCUAAUUCGCGACUGGGACAAUUUCUCGACUAAUCUGAUUCACGCGUAUCUGGAGGAGUAUAGUGACCAAAUGGUUGCAGCCGGUUCUUUCGCAAUCCUAGCUGCCCUAGUAUUCGCUAUAGACACGUACUUUACUAACAAAUAUGACUGAUCAUCCAGAGAAUCUGGAUUAUUACAAGUAUUGCAAAAGCAAGAAACAAAAUCAAUCGUUUCGUUUCCUAUUCCAUUUUCACAAAAAUAUAUUAUUUCAUUAAUCAUUUCUAAAUGUUUUAUAUCAAUUUUUACGAAAAAUGUUCUUCGCUUCUUGCGUGUCUCCACUGGCAUACUACUGUUAUAUGACGAAUAUAAUAAUAUGCCAAAAUAAAUACCAAGCGUAUAAUGUUGAUAAGUAUAAAUAUUCAGAUGGAGACGUAAUUGUUUUAGAGUAAUUAUAUGAUUCAUUCAAUUAAACAAUGUUUGUAAUUACUCCUUAUCAAGUAUAUUAUUUAUAAUUAUAUAUGUAUUUAUAUUAUUUUAUAUGGAAAAUGCUUACAAUAAAUAAUUACAUAUCACAACACUA